UUGAAGCCAAAUUAACUCUGGGCGUUCCACUAAGUUUUCGCAAAAUAGUUCAAAAUCGGUCAUUGAAAAAGAUUUGAAAAAAACAUGUGUAAAUACGUGAAAGUGGCGAAUAAUAAUGUAUAAAUAACGGCGCGAAAUCAGAAAUUGAAAUUAGUGAAAAACAAUGCAGCAUGGAUCCUCCCGCAUUACCAAACAGGAAGCCCUUCCAAAUGCCAUCUCCGGGCCCGAUUCCAGCAAUUGGACCUCGUUGCAUGAGGCGGUAGCCGCAGGUGAUGACCGACGGGUGGAGGGUCUCCUGUUUAGCAAUGCAGACCGUUUGGCCAGAGAAUCCUUGCAGGGUAAUACACCGCUCCACGAAGCCGCCAGUCGAGGGUUCAGUCGCUGUGUGAAACUGAUCUGUACACCCCCGACACCACCCACUUCCUCGGGGGUUGGAAAACCAGGAAAAGGUCAAAAAGACAAAGACAAGGAUAAGGAUAAGAACAAAGGUAGGGCGAAGGUGGUCCACCAGACUAUCGAAGCCCUACACAAUAGUGCUCUGAGUAUAGCCAAUAACGAAGGGUUGUCCGCCCUUCACUUGGCAGCCCAAAAUGGACACAAUCAGAGCUCCAGAGAACUACUCUUGGCCGGCGCUGAUCCCGACGUCCAAAACAAUUACGGCGAUACUCCACUUCACACCGCCUGCAGAUAUGGACAUGCUGGGGUAACCCGUAUCCUGCUUUCCGCCCUUUGCGAUCCUAAUAAAACCAAUCUAAACGGUGACACCGCGUUGCACAUCACAUGCGCCAUGGGUCGUAGGAAACUUACGAGAAUACUGCUGGAAGCGGAUGCUCGUCUGGGCAUUAAGAACGCCCAAGGUGACUGUCCCAUGCACAUAGCAAUUAGGAAAAACUAUCGCGAAAUAAUUGAAAUCCUAAAUACACCGAAGAAGAUACGAAACCGCAAGGAGAAACCUAAGGAAGGUGGCAGCAGAUCAGACAAAGACAGAGAUCGUGAUAGGGAUGUGGUGGACAAGGGCAUUAACUGGUCACCUUAUGGCUGUCAUUACUUUCCCGAUCCGCGAGCAUUUCCUUCACCAAAACUGGAGACUCUACCCAAAGAGCCACUAAAACCGGGUGAACAAUACUUUCUGGAUUUGGCAGGUCACAUUCACAAAGGUCCAGUAAGCGUAGGCAACACCUGCUAUUGCGGUCCCUUCUUCCGGCAUAUUGAAAACAAACUAAACUGCAAUCGAAAGAGCUUGAAAAAGUAUGUCCACAAGACAAAGGAGCGUUUAGGUCACAAAGUGCAGGCAUUGGCCAUAAAAACGAACGAUCAGAUUGAACAGCUUACAAGAACGAUGAUCGAGGACAGAUUGAGAUGCGAGAGCAAGAGGCAGCACCUUAGUGAGUUCUUAAGAAGAGGAGAACCAAUGCGAUCCACCUUUGAUCAGCAGAACAGAAACUCAAGGAUCGAAAGGACCCUAUCUAGGUGUCGCAGUCUAGAGCUCUUGGAAAACAACCACGAGGCUAGUAGGCUUACCAAUUCCCGAAGUGUGGAUCUACUUGAGGAUCAGGCAGUGGAAGCUAUAGUACACCGAUCAGCGGAGGUUCAGCUUGAGAGUGACAGCGAUGAAGAUUCAAAUGAAGCUGGGGAAGAGGAGGAGGAAGAAGAUGGGGGAGAGGAAGAAGUGCAAGAUGAUGCAGAACCAGAAGAAGAAGUACAACAACUAGAGCACUCGAAGCUGGAUGAACUCAAGCUGGAUUUCCUCAAAGUUUCUGAAAGACUGGGAGUUCUUUUAGAGAAAACAACAUUAAUCAUGGAAAGAGACAGCGAAAAAGACGUCAAGCACCAGCUUUCAUCCUUAUCGCCACCCUAUAAACCCCAUCCCAGGGCUGAGUCCGUCCAACUUCGUGAGGAUAAAGAGAGCGUCAAUAGCCCCAACUUCGAUGAGUACACCAACGUUAUGCGGCGCUACCCAAACUCCAGUGAGACCUCGAAUCCUUCCCAGAACUCCAACAGUUGGGACUGGGAGGCAUCCCCCACGGGCAGUAAUCCACAGCCAGACUAUCAUAAGUACUACCAACGGAUUGGAAGAGGAGAAAACAUGCUGAACUCAGUAAUAAAAGCUUUGAGAAAAGAUGCCUCCUUCGCGGAUAUGGGAAAAGAGGAGGCUGUCAACGAAAGUGCCGAGAGGAUUGGAGGCGAUAAGUUGCUCUACAAGGAACAAGCCAGUGAGGCAGCUGGUAUCUCCAACCUGAUGAAACGACAACCAUUGUGCCUUGAAGACAAUUACCCCGCCAUGUCGAAUCUGUUUUACUCUAAUCCCAUUAUGGAGUAUGCUGAAGAAACGGAAAUCAGGCAGAAUGGCAAUGAAAAUAUAAGCAAGGUAGAGAUCCGAAACAGUGAGAUCAAGUGCUUGAAAAAGCCGAAUGCCGGUCAGGUUCGGGAUAUGGUGGCCCAACUGCAAAAUACCAUCGAUUCUAAUCGGCAGGAUUCACAGACAGCCAAUGUGAUUGCGGCAAGAUCACAAUCCCGCUUAAAUAAUAACUUUCAGCACAUAGAGGCCACAUCCUCGAAUCCCUCGCCCACUUACAGUAUUCCACACAGGAAUACUGCCCAGUUUGGCCUGCCCGAGAGACAUAUACCCAAAGACGCUUACUUUCAUGAGCUACCCCACCGACCACCGAUCCCGCAAAAUCCGCAGAGAAGGAUCCACUCCGGCUAUGCACCAAAUUCGAAUUUCUAUCGCAAUGAAGAUCUAUACGUUGAGAGGAUUCCCCAACCAAAUAGUCCUAUAAGGCAGGGUGGAGACUAUGUGGGUGCGAUCAACUAUAGGGCACUACAGUCACAAACCUUUCAGGCCAUUAUUCCGCCCCAUCCUAAUCCCAGAAAUCCAAGAAACUGGCCCCAUCCAAGUCUUCCGCCAAACGACAUCGAUCUUGACGAGUUGUCAGCAGUUGGCCUCUACAAUAAUGUAUCCAGUCUAGUUUGAGUUUGGUAAUCUCCCAAAAGAUCCCAAUGUACAUAGCUAAACCUAAUUUAUAUAUUUAUCUUAAUCGUAAUCAAGUUCAAAACUACAAAACAAAAGUUAACUUAUUUCCAAUUGAUAAAUCUAAUCUAGAGGGUUAUAACAUACAAAAAUAAAAUACAAAGUUAUACCAGAAUAAUGUUCUUUUCAUAAGGGUUAAUUUAUAAAUAAAUAAGAUGAUAUUAAGAAUAUAUAUGUUAUGUAUUAAUUU